AUGCAGAUGGCAAAGGAAUAUGGAGCCAUUUACACUAUUUGGUCACUGACGUUUCCUGUGGUGAUAGCGUCUGGAUACGAAGCAGUAAAAGAAAUGCUAAUAAAUCAUUCAGAAGUAUUCUCUGGGAGACCGGUCACCCCAUUUUAUACAGCUAUAGCACAUGGAAAGGGUAUCGUACUGUCAAACGGUCACACCUGGAAGCAACAGAGGAAGUUCGGGAUAGCUACCAUGCGGAAGCUGGGAAUGGGAAAGAAGGGUGUGCAGGGCCAAAUAGAAGACGAGGCCCGUGAACUCGUGGAGACUUUUGCACGUGCAAAGGGGCAGCCACUUGACCCCUCGUCAUCCAUCCUUGCUUCAUUCUUCAAUGUGAUAUGUGCUCUGGUUUUUGGACAUCGGUAUCCUGUUGAUGAUAAAGAUUUCCUCAUGCUGGUGGAGGCUAAUGAUUACAACAAUAAAUUUGGAGGUACCUUCUUUCAUCUUAUGUACGAAGCAGUCCCAUGGCUCAUGAAACAUAUCAAAUGGCCAUACAAGGAGGCAUUUGCCGCUGUAGAUGUUGUGCUUUCACAUGCAAGGAAAGAGACAGAAGCGCAUAGGGCACAACUGGCAGUGCAUGAUCCACGGGAUUUCAUCGACUACUAUCUACUCCAGAUGGAGAAAAGCAAGAAUGACCCCACUUCAACAUAUGAUGAUACCAACCUGUUUUACUGUAUUUCCGAUUUACUUCUUGCUGGGUCAGAGACAACCAGCGCCACCCUGCAAUGGGGCCUUCUUCUCAUGGUGACUCAUCCAGAUAUCCAAGAGAAAGUCCAGAAGGAGAUGGAAGAUGCUUUCGGUUCCUCCCAAACAAUCGGCUAUCAAGAUAGGAAGAAACUGCCCUACACCUUAGCUACGAUUCACGAGAGCCAGCGUUUCAAAACUAUCUUAUUAACUGGGAACCCUAGACAAUCUCUGCAGGAUGUGACUAUUCUUGGAUCUUUCAUUCCUAAGGGUACCAUGGUUAUUCCAGAUGUACACUCAAUUCUUUUUGAUCCCAAGAUAUGGGAGACCCCUCGGAAGUUCAACCCAAAUCAUUUUUUGGACAAAGAUGGGAAAUUCGUGGACAGAGAAGAACUUCUGAUCUUUGGCGCAGGAGCCCGUAUGUGCCUGGGGAAAGAGAUGGCGAGGAUGGAGCUCUUCACCUUCUUCACCAGCCUGCUGAGAGCAUUCACCUUCAAGCUGCCAGAAGGAGUGACGGACGUCAGCUUAGAGCCUAUAUGGGGCCUGAUAAUGUCCCCACAACGAUAUAAGCUCUGUGCCGUUCCCCGGUUCAGCGAAUCAUGACCCAACAGCAAUCCUUAAAGCAGCUUAUUUUUUCCCGAUC